AUGAAUUUCAGUGAUGAUUACUCGCGCCUCCACAAAUUACCAUGCACAUCUUGUCCAUGUCCCCUACCGUUCUCUCCUAUGCCCAUGCACACAGCUUCCCAGACGCCCUCUCGCUCUCCCGCGGAGCCCUCUUCUAUCCAAGGGCAGCCGCAGCUUCAUACCGGUAGCAAGAGCCGGCAGUCCGGCGCGAUUCAGACCGGCGCCGACGCCAUUCUCGCGCUGGUCAACCAAGAGAGGGAGAAGGUCACCGCUUUGUACCACGAGAACAUCAAGGCUCUAGAAGCGCACUUCCAGGACUUCCGCACCAAGUCCGAGGCGGAGAUCUCUUCGUUGAACUGCCGGCAGAACCUGCAUGCGAAGAAGGCCGAGGCGCUCGAAGGCGCGUUGGCGAAUACGCACAGGGUGCUCACGGCGAGUCAGGAGCAGCUGAAAAGGGCGAGGAAAGAGAAUGACGCGAUUAAGGCUGCUCUCAGAGAUUCUGGGAUGGAGUUUACUGGUGCGGGGUUACGGUUCACGGGCGACACUGCACGCGUCGUCGAGGAUUUCGUGCAAGGCGCACGGUUGCAGGACAAGGCGUUGGCACUCCUAGGGUCGGACGCUAAGCCUCUUCUGCAAGACGAUGGGUCGACUGUGGCGGUCGAAGCCGCCGAGUUCUUCAGAAUCCUUGCUGGGGUUCUGGAGAAGCGCUGGCAGUUCCCGGAGGAUGCCACUCGAAAUGGCGCCGUUCCUGGCCCGCCGACUACUUGUCUGGGUGUGAAAGAGGCUGCUGAAAGGACAGAGAGACUGGUGUCGGAGAUUAUUUCGACCAUAGACAUACCUCCGCGUGCCUGUCCUCCUUCACCAAUAACAUCGAAGACCUCCGCCAGCACGGGCCCACCAAUCUCUACGAGUCCGCCGAUGUGGCGUGUAGUUAAGCGCCCAGCGCCCACAUCAUUGCCUCAGCCGCCGCCACCAAAGCAUCAACGAACGACAUAUUCAACAUGA